AUGAAUGAAUAAAAGAUAAAAGAAGUAAAGGAUUGCGUUAGUGAUUGCAGAGCAGAAAUGGCGCCUCCGCAGGCAAAGAGUGGCUUGUUCGUGGGAACAAACAGAGGACAUGUCGUAACCAGGCGGGAGUUGGCACCCCGACCCUCCGCCAACAAAGGGAAGCGAAGUAAGAGGACAGAUUUUGUGAGAAAAUUGAUCCGGGAAGUAGCGGGUUUCGCUCCAUACGAGAAGAGAAUAACAGAGUUGCUGAAGGUGGGGAAGGACAAGAGGGCUCUCAAGGUGGCCAAGAAGAAGCUCGGUACCCACAAGCGCGCUAAGAAGAAGCGUGAGGAGAUGUCCAAUGUUCUUCGCAAGAUGAGGUCUGCUGGAACCACUGAGAAGAAAAAGUAAAAUAAAAACGUGCUAUUGAGAUUCAAAUCUUUUUAGCAAGUGUUAGUUCAUGAUACAGGUUCGUCGAGGCAAAAAAUGAAUUGGGUGAGUAGAAUAAGUGUGCAGUACGUGGAUUAUAAGAAGCAGCAGUCCUUUGAUUAGUAUAAUAACUCAGUUCUAAUGCCAUUUAAAAAUUGCCCAUUAAAAUUUAUGCAGCAGCAGAAGUGAUCUCAUGCAAGUAAUUAAGGGGAAUGAAUGUUACAGAAUAUUCACUCGUAGUAGAUUUGCAGUAUUUUUCAAGGAACUGAAAUUAUGAUGUAAACAUUCACUCGUAGUAGAUUUGUAGUAUUUUUCAAGGAACUGAAAUUAUGAUGUAAAUAAAUUAAGAUACCGAAGUUAUAGGCCAUUCCAUGAUGGAAAAUAUACCAUGUGGUUGUUUA